AUGGACAAAGCAACCCCCAAGGCAAGGAUGCAACACAUCAACACUCGCUCAUCAGCUCAAUUGCAUUUAACAAUUAAAAACAAGAAUGCCGCGCCCGUGCAAAUCUCGGCGGAGCAGAUUUUGCGAGAGGCCAAGGAGCGUCAGGAAAUCGCUAUCAAGGCCCCCAAACAAAAGAUCCACGACCAAGCAGAGUUGUUGGAAUACAGAGGACGGAAACGCAAGGAGUUUGAGGACCGUAUCCAGCGUAGUCGACUUCAUAUCAACGAGUGGCUCAAAUACGCCACCUGGGAGGAAGGCCAGGAUGAGCUCCAGAGAGCUCGCUCGAUCUAUGAACGUGCGUUGCACGUCGACAGCAAGAACGCGACCUUGUACCUCAAAUAUGUCGAGAUGGAGAUGAAGCACAAGAACAUUGCCCUGGCGCGUAACUUGUUUGACAGGAUCGUCACCAUCCUGCCCCGUCGUGAUCAGUUCUGGUUGAAAUACACGUACAUGGAGGAGAUGCUGGAAGAAGUGGCUCGUGCACGUCAGAUUUUCGAGCGCUGGAUGCAAUGGGAGCCAGAAGAGGAGGCUUGGAUGGCGUAUGUCAAGUUUGAGAAGCGGUACAAGGAACUGGAGCGGGCACGCGUGGUCUAUGAACGCUUCGUUCACAUUCACCCCGAACCCAAGAACUGGAUCAAGUGGGCAGAGUUUGAAGAGCGUGAGGGUAAGACGGAGAAGGCUCGGGAGAUUUUCACAAGGGCCAUUGAGGUCAUGGGGGAAGAGCUCAUGGAACAGCGUCUCUUUAUCUCCUUUGCCAAAUUCGAGACGCGGCUGAAGGAGACCGACAGAGCACGAGUUAUUUACAAGUACGCUUUGGAUCGCAUUCCUCGAUCGAAAUCGCAGGCGCUUUACAACCAAUAUGUCCAGUUUGAGAAGCAGUACGGCGACAAGGAUGGCAUCGAGGAUGUUGUUGUCGGCAAGAGGCGACUCCAAUAUGAGGCGGACCUGGCAACGAACCUCAAAAACUAUGAUACCUGGUUUGACUAUGGAAAACUCGAGGAGAGUACAGGAGAUGUGGAUCGUGUUCGUGAGGUGUAUGAGCGCGCUAUUGCCCAAGUACCGCCAGCUCAGGAGAAGCGACUCUGGAGACGCUACAUCUAUCUCUGGAUCAGAUAUGCCCUUUUCGAGGAACUCGAAACAAAAGACUAUGAGCGAGCGAGACAGGUGUACAAGGGUUGCAUCAAGCUUAUUCCUCACAAAAAGUUUACGUUCGCCAAAAUUUGGUUGCUGUAUGCCAAGUUUGAGAUUCGCCAGUUGGAUUUGAGUGCAGCGCGCAAGGCACUGGGAAUGGCAGUAGGCAUGUGCCCCAAGGACAAGUUGUUCAAGGGAUAUAUUGAGCUGGAGCUGGAGCUGCGUGCGAUCGACAGGGCGAGGACACUGUAUGCCAAGUAUUUGGAAUGGUCGCCGUCGACCUGUGCGGCAUGGAUCAAAUUCGCAGAGUUGGAGAGUGAAUUGCAGGAUACCGAGCGUGCCAGAGCCAUCUUUAAUUUGGCCGUCGCGCAACCAGAACUGGAUAUGCCCGAGAUCUUGUGGAAGGCGUAUAUCGACUUUGAGGUGGGUGAGGAGCAAUGGGCACACGCACGGUCGCUGUACAAGCAGUUGUUGGAGAGAACAGCACACGUCAAGGUCUGGAUCAGUUGGGCGCAUUUUGAGGCGAGUGUGCCAGAGGAGGGCCAGGCUGAUAUCGCUCGGGAUGUGUUCAAGAAGGGUAGCCAGACGAUGAAGGAUCAGGGACUGAAGGAAGAGCGUGUGAUUCUGUUAGAGGCGUGGAAGGAGUUUGAGCAGGCACAGGGUACGGCCGAGUCGCUGAAGAGUGUGCAGGAUCUGAUGCCCAAGAUGGUCAAGAAGCGUCGCCAGGUGGAGUCUGCGGAUGGUAGUGCGGCUGGAUCGUCUCAAUGGGAGGAAUACUACGACUACAUCUUCCCUGAUGACCAAAAGGAACAGCCCAACUUCAAGCUUCUCCAGAUGGUCCAGCAGUGGAAGGCCGGCAACAACAAGUAA